AUGGAGAUCAGGCUGACCGAGGUCGAGGAACAAAUCUGUACACUCUUGGAUGAGUGUACGAAGAAUCUCGCCCGACAAAAAGACAUCACUACUUCAUGCAGAAUUGCAGGCGGUUGGCUACUAGGCUCACAAAGCAAUGACAUCGACAUUGCGCUGACCGACAUGAUGGGGUACCCAUUCGCGUUAGAGUUCAACGAAUUCGCGAACGAAACAGAGCACAUCAUGGUCAAGGCAGUUUCCAAAGUGAAGGGCAAUCCAGGCCAGUCGAAGCAUUUAGAAACGGCCAAAACAUCGGUCUUGGGCGUCGAGCUGGAUUUUGUGAACUUGAGAGACGAAGAGUACGCCGAAGGCAGUCGGAUACCGACCAGUGUAACUUAUGGGACACCCCUUCAAGACGCGUUACGAAGAGACAUCACCAUCAACUCGCUGUUUUACAACGUCCACACGCGGGCUGUCGAAGAUCACUGUGGAAAGGGCUUAGAAGACUUGAAGAACGGUAUCAUCCGAACACCCUUGCCGCCCAAACAGACUUUCUUGGACGAUCCUUUACGAGUACUUCGCUGCAUCAGAUUCGCGAGCAGGUUCGGGUUUGAAAUGGUACCGGAACUAGAAGACUCCGCUCGUGACCCUGAAAUUCAGAAAGCUUUGAGUCAAAAAAUCACUCGAGAGCGAGUUGGAGAGGAGAUAGAUAAAAUGAUGUCAGGUCGGGAUCCUCUUCGGUCGAUUCAAUUCAUCGAUUCGCUAUCAUUAUUCUCGACAGUAUUCUACAUUCCGCCGACACUGGUGUCCACGUUAUCCUCUUCUCCACGCCCGUCUUACACGUCUGUCGCUGCAGCAGCGAUUCUACAAGGCUUCCUGAAUCCAAAAGCAGCAGCUUUUGAUCAUCCUCCCCUUCACUCUCUUUUGACCUCGCGGCUCUCUGGCUCGUCAUCCGCAUCAACCAUCCCUCGCUUGUAUCUAGCAUGCGCCCUUACACCAUAUACAGGCAUAUUGUAUGAAGACGGUAAGAAGAGAGAGAGGCCCGCCGUUGAGGCGGCGAUCAGGGAAGGAUUGAAAAUCGGGACAAAAAAUCACUACCUUGAUGGCAUUCCUGCCCUUUUUAUUGCGGCAGAAAGAUUGAGGUCUCCCAUAGUAGGUAGUGAUAAAUUCAAGACCCCUAGCGAGCGUGUUGCGAUCGGUCGUAUACUACGAGAAACCUCGGUCCACAAUUCUUUGAUGGAUUCUCACUGGACAUCUUCACUGCUAUUCUCACUCGUGCAGGAGCUUGUCCCAUUGUAUGCGCCUGGAGAGGACGGUUUCAAUGGUGCGCCGUGUCAUCUCAUUGCGAGGCUAGUUUUGAUCAUAGGCUCCACAGUACGAGAGGCCGCGGAAUGCAUACGAGUAUACAAUAACUUCGUUGUGCGUGUUGAGGAGCUGGGCUUAGACAAAAUGGUAGACAUGAAACCCAUCAUCGACGGUCGCGCGGUCGUCGAAGUACUCGGUGCGAAGAAGGCAGGCCAGUGGACUGGCAAAGUGCUCUCGACUGUGAUCGAUUGGCAGUUGGAGCAUCCUAACGGGACCAAAGAACAGUGUGCCGAGUGGCUCAAGGGUGAGCAUGCCUCGGGGAGAGUGAGCAUUGUUGACGACCCGUCGACUACGCUCCGACGGAGAAUGAUCGGGGCCAUGAAUAGUAUUAUCGGGAUUCGAUCUGGAGCAGAGUGGCGUAAUUGUCGUGAAGUGGUGGAAGCAUACAAUGUAAGUGGUUUAGAUUUUGGUAUAACAAGCGAUGGAGACAGCGGCAAGAUACAAAGCAGAGGAAACAUGGCACGGCGGAUGGAAGGGGAUGGGAAGCGUGGAGCUGAGUCAUGGCCCGAAUUUGGAGACACGUGGACGAAGCAGGCGAUACAGAAACACUGAGUAACAAGUCGAACGGUGAUAAGUAUGAGAGGGAAAAGUUAGUCGAACUUCGUCCACUGCUUGAGUAGAUCAUCUCCAAUGGUAUCAACGAGGGGCACGGCGUCGGGGCCUGGAAUUUGCAGGUGAUCUUCUGCCGGUGCUAUAAGAUCCCUGAUCGAAAAUGGAAGCGGCGCACUGGCCCACGGAUCGGUGAAUGACACUGGACCAUCGGUGAACAUGUCGUAGGGAGACGACACGGACUGGGUCGAGGAACUAGGGGGCGUGAAUAGAUAUUCGUCUAGCUCAAACACCCCAAAGAGGUAUGAUGCAUGGUGGGACUGAGGACGUAUAACCCCCGGGAAGAGCUCACUGGCCGGGAUUCCGCUGUAAGAAGAUCGGAUAGAAGGAUCGGGCGGCGACUGUUCG